AUGAGUCAAUAUCGUCGUCUUUCAGGCUCCAUGCCAGCAUUUCCGCCGGCCUAUGAUGACUCGGAGGCGCAGUCUGAACUACCCCGAACGAGUGCGCCAGUGGAGCAGUUUGAAAUCGACGAGGAUGAAGUAUUUGAGCCGAUGAAACGUGACGGCUUCUUGCAUCGAGCGGUUUUUGCGACUAAGCGUUGUGUUUUUACUUUCCGAGAUCGGGUUGUUGGGCCUUUAUCGCAGAUUAUGGAUCCUCUAUACGAGGGCUACAACUACUUCCACUCCAAGUAUGAACUGUCGGUAAUGAGGAUUGGCAACCCCUUGGUGGUCAAAAGAUUACUCUAUGUUCUUGUUGUUGUUGCAGGCAUGUAUUUGCUUACGCAAAACGAGAACAACGAUGGCAUCAGUGGCUCUAGCUCUGACGCAUUUUCCUCUGGUAAGUUCUACGACUUGGAAAAGUUGGCCACAACUCUCAAGGCGUACAUCGAGCCUAGAUCUUUGGAGGAGAACAUCGAGUAUAUUUCCUCCAUGCCGCAUGUGGCUGGAACCACAGGGGAUUUAGCCUUGGCAAAGUAUGUCGAGAGCUAUUUUUCCAAUAACGGCCUUCAAGUCCCAGAAUUACAAGAACUCGAGAGUUUUUUGAACUAUCCAAAGGCGGAAGGUACAUACUUGAAGUUGGCUGACGACUCGUUUGCUGCUACCCUUUAUGAGGGCAAUUCUAAUGAACAGAUGCACAUGCUCGCUUUCAACCCGAACUCUCCAAACUCACAGGGUGAAAUCGAAGCGCCUUUUGUUUACGCCAAUCAUGGCGAUCCACAAGACUUACAGAAACUUACAGAUGCUGGUAUUAUGGUAGAGAAUGCUGUUCUCGUUGUGAAGUAUGGUGGCGACACACCAGAACCCAACAAAGUUCUUGCUGCUGCUCGCUUGAAGGCGAAAGCUGUGGUAUUCAUCACGCCUCAGUUUGAUAUUGGGGGGAAGCCACAGGAUGACGUUAUUGAAAAAAUAAAUGUGGGAUUGACUCGCGUGAGCACUGGUGAUGUUCUCACACCUGGAUACUCUGCGCAGAGGAACGCCGUUGGCAAGCUUUCAUGGGAGAAUUCUUUAACGACAGCAAAAAUCCCAACCCUUCCAAUUUCAUGGAAAGAUGGGAAAGCUUUGGUGGCAGUUUUGAAUGGAACAGGCCAUGACUUUGGCGAUGGAUGGUAUUCGGGAAAGUUGGAGAAAAAGUUGAAACUUAGCGUCCAAAACGAAGAAAGAUCUACACAUCUGCUUUGGAACGUGUAUGGCUAUAUUCCUGGCAGGGAACAAGCAGAUAAGGGUGUGAUUUUCGGUGCACCUCGUGAUUCCGCCUGUUUCGGUGCUUCUACUGCUGCUAGCGGAACCGCUGCAUUGUUGGAGCUCGUCAAGAUAUUCACGUCUUUGCAAAGAAGAUACGACUGGUCACCUUCGCGGCCGAUCUACUUUAUUUCAUUCGAUGCUACAGAAUACAACUUGGCAGGCUCAGCAGAAUGGGUAAAAAUGAGACAAAAGGAGUUGAUGAAGGGAGGUUAUGCAUAUAUUGAUCUUAAUGACCUUGCCUCUGGGGAUGUCUUGUCUGUGAAAGCAAACCCAUUAAUGCACGACCUCGUCAAGGAAGAGUUACUGAAGGUUGAAUUAUUGGAAAGUCAAAAGGGGAAGAACAUGAAGACAUUGUUAGACCUUUACAAAUCGCAGAAUGGCGGUAAUGACCGCAUUUCAAACAACAUGUUGGAAAACAAGAACUACUUACCCUUUAUCAAUAUGUUGAAUAUGCCUUCUAUGGAGAUUGGCUUUAGGGGAGAAACUUUCCCAAAACAUUCGUGCGCUAAUUCCUUUAAGAACUUUGAAAAGCAAACAGCUUCAUCCAUGAAUUUGCAUGCCCAGGUUGUGGAGUUGCUUGGAAGAAUUGGAUUGAACUUAGCAGAAAAUCCGAUCAUUCCGUUUGAUUUUUCAGUUCUUGCCGAUCGUUUGAUGGAUUACAGUUUAGACUUGGAGAAAUACGCAAAGGCGCAAUCAGAUUCCAAGCUCAACCACUUGGAGUAUACGAAAUUGCGUGAAGCCAUUCAUUUGCUUAAAGGGUAUGCGAAUCGUGUUAACGAAUUUCGCCAUGACAGAAAUGAAUUUGUUGCAGGAACCUCUUCUUUAGAGCCUGCUGUCUUGUCAGCUGCAAGAAGAAACUUGAAUGUAAAAAUGACAGAAAUCAGUUCAGCUUUCCUCAUUCCAUCACAAGGAGCCUCCCGUGCUGGAUAUCUCAAUCUGCUUUUUGGAUUGCCUUUCAAUGCACCCGAGCAUGAUGAUGACUCGUUUGAAUGGAAUACUUUUCCAUUUGUCAGAGAUGGUAUUGCAGAAAAUGACCACAAGAAGGCGCAGUUCGAGAUGGAACGGGUCGCCCAAUUGUUGGAGAUUGCAUCACAAUACUUCAAUGAUUGA